CAGCGUUCAAUAUAUAUAACGUCAGUGCCGUCCGUAUUUACAAACGCUUGUUUUGUUUCCCUCGAGUUCGAAAACAACAAUUGAUCGAUGAUAUACAACUUACGAUCGCGACCAAAACUCGAGUUCGUUAAAAAUUCAUAAAUAUUAAAUAUAUAUACAUUUCAGGGGUAUAGUAUACUAUACUGUACCUUGUCAUACAAAAAUGCGCAUUUUAUACAUGGAAUCAAUAAAGGGCGAUGGUGAACGACACCGAGAAUAAUCGAAAGACGACCGUUGGCGCGCUUUGUGAGCGGCAAACGACCACGUCCAGCGUAUUAGAAUGACGGUCCAGGUAGCUCUGCCCGGAAGGAGAAUCGACCAGCCGGUGGGAAUUGAUUUAGUCGUAUCGUACUACACGGUAAUGACUGUGGCACUCGUCAGUGGAUUUGGCCUCCUGGGUUUUUUAGCUUAUUGGAUUAGAAAAGCCUGCUCAAAUGGCAGCCGGUAUCAGUACACAGCGUUGGAACCGGAUUCCAUUGGGCAGGAACGGAUGGAACUGGAACGUAAAGCCCGACAACACGCUCAAAAUGCAUGCAAGCAUUACUUGAGGUUCUGUCCACGAUACGCUCUUCUACAACAUCUCAACGACAUUGGAUCAAGGGUGGAUAAACAUUGGUUUGUAGUACGCGACGGAUCUGUCAAAACAGAACGUCUGUUGACACUUGUGCCUAAAAAUCCUAAAAGUGUUCUCGAGUGCACACCAGAUACCAGACGUACUAUACUAGAUCUUUUUUUAACAUUACAACAUCCAUAUAUAUAUCCCGUAUUGGACGUUGAGUUUGUUGAAGGCGCGACAGAUCCAGAAACAACAUUUAUUACAUUAGUAUUACCUUUUAACAGUAAGGGAAGUCUCAAAGAUCUUAUCUAUAAGAGUUGUUGGCAUGAUGAUUGGAGCGAUAAGUAUGGACAGCGCAGUGAAGGUUUGCCGUUGUCACAAAUACAAAGACUUGGUCGUCAAAUUCUAGAAGCACUAUUAUUUCUUAAGGAAAGAAAAUUUCCACAUGAUUGUAAUUUACAUUCCGGCAAUGUAAUUCUUCAAAAUGGAGUAGCCAGAAUCACAGGCCUGGAAAAUUCUCUACUUGGUUUUACAUCAAGAAUUCAACCCAUUGUUAUGAGUGGUAAUUUCAUAUUAGAUGAUUUCUCAGCAAUUGAUGUCAUUUGUUUCGGUCAUGUUCUAUUUGAAAUGGCAGCUGGAUAUGAAUUGCUAACUCCAGAGCCCAGUGAAAUUAAUUUACAAGAUAUUGCUCACUACCCUCAAGUUGUUGAAAUAAUGGACUAUGUGUUUAAAAAUCCUAUGGGUCAAGUUCCUACAAUCGAACAGUUAGUAAUGACUGAAUUUUUCAGAAAUAUUGAUCUCAGAGAAAUGCGUGCAACAUCUUGGCCUCUAUUACAAGCCAAAAUGACAGCUUCCUCAUCACAGUUAUUGGAAACUGUUAGAAACAGAAAUAGUAGCAAAAGUGGCUCGACUCUAGAUGAUCAUGAUGUAACAGAGACAAGUACUAAGGAAAAUCUACAAAUUAGAAAACUAUCAAUGAGAAGUAAAAGUUGCGAUGAUGAGAAGUAUUCUCAUGCAACAGAAAGAAAAUCAAAUUUUGUUGGUGACAAAGAGUGCCUGGAACAUCGUGGCUUAUCACUGUAUCACCGACAACAGUCACUAGAUUUCCAGUUUUUGGGAUAAUAAUAGCCUUCUAGUUGUCUAUUAAUUUUAGACUGACACUUAUUUUCUAUUUCAAGCAAUAUAUUUUUAAUAUUUAAAAAUCGUUAUUAGGCAAUCAUAUCUAAUGCUUACCAGUCAUCAUCAGAAUCAAAUUCAGCUUGUGGAUCCUUAGACCAUGAUCCGUCAGAAUUUUUAAUCCAACCAAUUCUGUGAACAUUGUUAGCAAUAAAAAGACAUGUCAAUAUUUUAUGUUUAUUAUUAUAAAUUGUUUUUAUCAGAAAUAUAUUAAUUUUUUUUUUGUACUGA